AUUGUGAGGCCCCGGUGUGGCGGCGGCGGCGGCGCCCGGUGAGGGCGGGCUGGGCUCGGGCUCCGCUCGGCUCCGUUCCCUCCCCGUUCUCUGCCCGUUCUCUCCGCCGGCGCUGCCAGGGCCAGCGUGAGCUCCCCUCAGGCCGCGCGUCCCUCAGGAGCGGGGCCAGGCCUCGCCGCGCCGCGCCGCCGCACCGGGAGGGGAAGAUGGCCUCACGGAGGAUGCCCCGGCCCGCGCUGGAGGCCGCGGCGCAGGACAAAGUUCCGCGGUACCGCCUGGAGCGGAGCGCGGCCCCGGGGGACGCCGCGCAUCCCUUCCGAGCUCACUCCCGGCCGCUGCCCCGGCCCCGCUACAACGAGAGCUUCCACCACGACGGGCGCUUCCCUCACGCCAACUGCCAGCACGAGGACUGGAGCGAGGAUCCCGGGGAGGAUUAUCCUGGGGAAAACUACCCUGGGGAGGAUUAUCCUGGAGAGAAUUAUCCUGGAGAGAAUUACCCCGGGGAAAACUACCCCGGGGAAAACUACCCCGGCCCUUCCUACAGAGCCGCCAGCCCCCUGCUCCGCAAGGAGAAUUAUUUCCACGGACACUUCUCCCGGCCCGCGCCCCGGGAGCAGGAAUUCGCCCGGGAUUACGGGAAAUUUGGCCGUGGAGCUGCCCCCAGCAGGGAGUACGGGCACCACGAGUACGGGCAGCGGGACCGGGAGUACCCGCAGGGUUACGGCCCUGCAGAUUCCUGGGAGGCCGGAGCAGGAUUUGGCUCCCCGGAUGUUUUGGGGAAUUUCGGGCCGCCCGGGCCGGUGGAGGAGGAGUUUGGCGGCGCGGAGGACCCCGAGUACGAGGAGGAGUUCGGGGCGCCGCCGCGCAGGGGAGGCGUGGGCAGGGGGAGAGUCCUGCGGGGAAAGCGCCCGGCCAGGGGGGUGGUGAAACCCAAAGUGUUCAAAGGAGAGCUCAGAAGCCCCCUGAAGAAGUGGGGCUUGAAGAAAGCCCAGCCAGGCCUGGAUGCCGACGCUCUGGAUCAGCCUCUGGACGUCGCCGAGCCCCUCCAGCAGCGCCCCGGCCCCCAGCUGCCCCCGCACCCCGGGGCGGCCCAGAGGCCCGUCCUGAGGCUGCCGAAGCCCGACCACGUCUCCAGGAGCCUCAGCUUCGACCUGGUGGAUAAAUCCGACAUUUUCUCCACCUUCGGCGUGGAGAUCAUCAAGUGGGCCGGGUUCCACGCCAUCAAAAACGACGCCGAGUUCUCGCGGCUCUUCGGGGCCCUCUUCGAGCUGGAGACCGAGACCUGUGCCAAGAUGUUGGCCUCCUUCAAGUGCUCCCUGCGGCCGGAGCACCGGGAUUACUGCUUCUUCACCAUCAGGAGCUUGCAGCACGCCGCCCUGAAAACCCCCAAGGUGGACAACGAGUUCUUGAACAUGCUGCUGGACAAGGGAGCCGUGAAAACCAAGAAUUGCUUCUUCGAGAUCAUCAAACCUUUCGACAAGUACAUCAUGAGGCUGCAGGACCGCCUCCUCAAGGGGGUGACCCCGCUGCUGAUGGCCUGCAACGCCUACGAGCUGAGCGUGAAAACCAACGGCUUCGGCCACCCUGGCGACGUGGCCGGCGCCCUGGAGACCACCGUGUCCCUGUGCCGCAAGUCCCUGGCCCUGCUGGGCCAGACCUUCGCCCUGGCCUCCGUCUUCCGGCAGGAGAAGAUCCUGGAGGCCGUGGGGCUGCAGGAGAUGGCCCCGGCGCCCACGGCCUUCCCCAAUUUCGACGAUUCCACACUCUUCGGCAGGGAGUACAUCGAGAACCUGAAGGCCUGGCUGGAGAAGAGCGGCUAUCCCAUCCAGAUGAAGAGAGGGGAGGCAGGAGCCGCGGAGCAGCUCCCAGCAGCCGCCCCCGGCAGCAAAGCCCCCCAGCGAGCUGACAGGAAAGUUGUGGACACCAUUGAGCAGCUGGUGAGCAGCAUCGUGUCAGGAACUCUGUCUGCCAAGGACAGGAGUGCUCAGAAGAACUCUCCUGAAUAUUGGUUCCUGUGUGACGAGGACAGCCUGGAGUACAAGUACUACAGGCUGCGGCUCUCCGAGGUGCAGAGGAGGAGCCAGCCCGGGGAGGAAGCAGCCCCAGAGUCCCUGCGGGCCCUGCUCUAUGCCAGGAGGGUGGCCAGCAUCAAAAGGAGACUUUUCAAGAGGAAAAAGAAGCCUGGCACUGCCCUUCCCCGUGCCAGCAGGGCCAGGAGGGUGAGGAGGGCCAGCAGGGCCACCCAGACCCUGCUCUCAGCGGGGACGGUGCUGAAGCAGCCGGACCCAAACCCCCCAGGGCCAGUCCAGGCGCAGGGUGCCCCCACGGAGCCCGGGGUGGCUCCGGGUGCUGCCCAGGGUGCUGCCCAGGGUGCCAGCAGCUGCCAGGUGCCCAUGCCAGGGCAGGACAGGGCAUCUCCUGAGCCCUCAGCAGCGUCUCCCGAGCCUCUGCCAGCCCCGGGCUCGCCGUGUGCCGAUGUGGAUGCCAGGAGCAGGGACACUGCGGAGAGGCUGGCCAGGUUCGUGGCCCAGGAGGGCCCCGAGAUGGAGCAGUUCAGCAUCGCCCACAGCGCCGACAGCCCCGAGCUCUGGUUCCUCCAGGAUCCGACCAGCCCCGCAUUCCAGUUCUACCGGCGGAAAGUUCUGGAGCUGUGUCCCUCCAUCACCUUCAGCCCCGAGGCUGCAGGAGCUGCCCCCGCCGCAGGCACAGCCCUGCAGCUCCAGCAGGACGAGGAGGAUGAAGAGGAAGAGGAAGAAGAAGAGGAAGAAGAAGAAGAGGAAGAAGCUGAGUUUGAACCCUCCCAACCUGCGGAGGAUGAGGAGGAUGAUGAGGAGGACGUGGCAGCAGGUAGAAGGGUGGCAGACCUAGAGGAAGAGUUGGUGUCCAGAGCAGGAGAGGAGAUGGCAGGAGGUGACGUGCGGCUCUCCAGCCCCCCUGACGGCGCUGUCCCAAAUCUGUCGACACAGGCACCCGGCCCGGCCCCCGGCGCGCGCUUCCCCCGCAAACGCGUCAGCUCCAAGUCGCUGAAGGUGGGCCUGAUCCCCGCCCCCAAACGGGUCUGCCUCGUCCAGGAGCCCAAAGUGCACGAACCUGUCAGGAUUGCUUAUGACAGACCCCGGGGCUGCCCCAUCACAAAGAAGAAAAAGAAACCCAAGGACCCGGAGGUGCCCCCGAAGAGGCUGAGCCCCAGGAACGUGGGGUUCCAGAUGCUGCAGAGGAUGGGCUGGCAGGAGGGGCACGGCCUGGGCACGCGCGGCCGCGGCAUCCGCGAGCCCGUCCACCUGGGCGCCACCUCGGCGGGGGAGGGGUUGGGAGUGGCGGGGGAGGAGAACCGGGAGGACGCGUUCGACGUUUUCCGCCAGAGGAUGAUGCAGAUGUACCGGCAGAAACGGGCCAGCAAGUAGCUCCAGGCUCUCUUCCAUGAAGACCCCAGGGCCCCUCCCCUCCCUCCCGUGCUGUCUCUGCUGGAUUUUGGUCGGAUUUUUCCUGGAAUUUCACCCCAAAUUCUGGAUCUUCCCUGGGAUUCCACCCCAAACUCUGGACUUUCCCUGGAAUUCCACCCCAAAUUCUGUAUUUUCUCUGGGAUCCAUCCCAAAUUUCAGAUUUUCCCUGGAAUUCCUUCCCAAAUUCCAGAUUUUCUCUGGGAUCCACCCCAAACUCUGGAUUUUCCUUGGAAUUCCACCCCAAAAUCUGGAUUUUCUCUGGGAUUCAUCCCAAAUUUCAGAUCUUCCCUGGAAUUCCACCCCAAACUUAAAAUUUCCAUGGAAUUCCGCCCCAAACUCUGGAUUUUCCCUGGAAUUCCAUCCCAAAUUUCAGAUUUUCUGUGGAAUCCAUUGCAAAUUCUGGAUUUACCCUGGAAUUCCACCCCAAAGUCUGGAUUUUCCAUCCCAAAUUUCAGAUUGUCCCUGGAAUUCCACCCCAAAGUCUGGAUUUUCCAUCCCAAAUUUCAGAUUUUCCCUGGAAUUCCACCCCAGAUUCCCUCCUUUCCGUGCAGCUUUCCAUCCCAGGAGAGGAAAAAUGAAGAUUUUUUCCCCGUUUUGGUGUCACUUUGGUAGAAAUGUUCAAUCCAAUAAAUGUAGAGCUGGACAAUUCCUGCUUCCUGUCAUCUUUCCUUUGGAUUUUUCCUUCUGACUUUGGCCCUUUGCAGGAGAGGUGCAUUCUUAUUUUUAUUUCAAUUAAAUGAAAUUUUUCGUUUUGGUGGAAUUUGGAAUUCCUCUGGGUGCAGAGCAGGAUUUUGGGGUCAAAAUCUAUUUUUGGGAUGGGAUUCCUCACCAAAAACUGGAAUUAAUUCUUUCCCAAAAAUCAUUGUACAACUUUUGGUUUUUUUCCUCUUGACCUCCCACUCUACUUCCAAUUUUUAUUUUGCCCAAAUAAAGCCUGGCCUCAAAAAUCCAAA